UCUGGCAUUAGGUUUCAACUAGACUACAUUUAUUGCGCAAGACUUGAGCCAAAUAUGCACAACAGGCAACAAAAUAAACAUAUUGGUAAUUCUUAGAAAAUAUCAUCACUUCCGUAAGAACAGGGGGAAAACAUCCGGCAGCUUGGCCAUAGUAAAGAAAGGGAAGUGUAUAUGUUCAAUUCAGACAAAGCCACAAAAUAAGACAGUCCACAUUAUUAAUUCCGGUUUUGUCACGGACGUGCCUUUCAAAAUAAAACUUUCUCGACAACGCAUGUGUAAAAAAAAAAAGAUUCAAGGAAGAAAAAAAAACAUCUUUUUGCUUCUGUCCAUAAACACAUAAGAGUACAACACGAGAGUUAUCCGGUUUAACGCUACAAAAAAGCCGUACUUGAGAAUAGGUAAGAAGUCAGCGAGGGGGUUAUGCGACCGAAAGCCAAGACCAGAGAAGGAGGCGUGUGUAUCUGUCCCCCAUGGCGGCCGAAAUCCAGCCCAAACCGCAGACUCGGAAGCCCGUCCUGCUGAGCCAGAUCGAGGCUUUCCAGGAGGUCGUGCUCACGGCGGUGGUCAUCCCGAAGGAGGACGGCGUGGUCAGCGUGUCUGAUGACAGGACAAUUCGGGUAUGGCUGAAGAGGGACAGUGGCCAGUAUUGGCCAAGUGUCUACCAGACGAUGCCAACCUCAUGUUCCUGCAUGUCCUUUAACCCAGAGACCAGGAGGCUGUCGGUUGGUAUGGACAGCGGAAUCGUCUCUGAGUUCAUCCUGUCAGAAGAUUACAACAAGAUGACACCAGCGCGCACGUACCAGGCCCACCAGGGCAGAGUGACCGUAGUGCUGUUUGUGUUGGAGAUGGAGUGGGUCCUCAGCACAGGUCAGGACAAGAACUUCACCUGGCACUGCUCGGAGAGCGGUCAGCAGCUGGGAAUCUACCGAACGGCAGCCUCCGUCUCCGGACUACAGUUUGACAUGGAGACCAGACAUGCCUUUGUAGGAGACCAGUCUGGUCAGGUGACCAUUUUGAAGCUGGAGCAAGACAGCUGUAGCCUUGUAACUACCUUCAAGGGACACACAGGUAAUGUGACAGCGCUGUGCUGGGACCCGGUCCAGAGGGUGCUGUUCUCUGGCAGCUCAGACCAUUCCAUCAUUAUGUGGGACAUUGGAGGGCGCAAAGGCACUGCCAUUGAGCUGCAGGGGCACAAUGACAAGGUGCAGGGCCUGUGCUAUGCCUCUCAUACUCGUCAGCUCAUCUCCUGCAGCUCAGACGGCGGCAUUGUCAUCUGGAACAUGGAUGUGACACGACAAGAGACCCCAGAAUGGUUGGAUAGCGACUCCUGUCAGAAAUGUGAGCAGCCUUUCUUCUGGAACUUCAAGCAGAUGUGGGACAGCAAGAAGAUUGGCCUACGACAGCACCACUGUAGGAAGUGUGGCCAGGCAGUGUGUGGGAAGUGCUCUUCCAAACGCUCAACCAUCCCCCUCAUGGGGUUCGAGUUUGAGGUGCGAGUGUGUGACAGCUGUCAUGAGUCCAUCACCGAUGAGGAUCGAGCGCCCACAGCCACCUUCCAUGACAGCAAGCACAGCAUAGUUUACAUGCAUUAUGAACCCACCACCGGGUGUCUGCUCACCUCCGGCACAGACAAAGUCAUCAAGCUCUGGGACAUGACCCCUGUGGUGUCCUAAGGUCUCUGGUCGAUCAAGAUUUUCACAGGAAGUUCCGCUGACCAAUCAGAAGAAAGCCUGCAUGUUGGGCAGCAGUCAUACUUGAGGUGGAAGAAGAGGAGGAGCAGGGGUAUAACCAGCGAUAUCGACGACCAUGUGGACAGUGUUGGACAUUGACAAAGCCACAUAUUUCAGGCCAGAAGAGCGCACAAAAUAUCUCACAGGGUGACCAGAGGAGAGCAGGGAGUGGAAUUGGUGGAUUAGAUAGGUUAUGGAUAGGGCGUUGUGUGUGUGUGUGUGCACGUCAUGUGUGCAUAUGUGCAUGUAUGUGUGCGUGUGUGCGCCACGUACGUGUGCAUGUG